AAAACAUAUAGUUUUGAAUUUGAAUUCUAAACUUUUAAUACCUUCUAAAAUACCUACAAAGAAAGUCCAACUUUGUUCUCAAAACCAAGAAACUACUAUAUCUCAAAAUCAACAAAUACCUGCACCUUAA